AUCUCAUCACCUCGAAGGAUGAACCUUUCAUAUCGCCAAUCGCCGCUAAUCGUGUUGCGAUCAGAGUAUAUAAAUCUUCUACUAUUGUUAUAGAUUAUAUAUACCCUUUCAGCCUCUUUGAAAGCCAACUAAUUAUUUAACUAUAUACCCUUUUUCAAUCACUACAUCUCCAUGCCAUCAGCUCGCAGAUUCAUGGCUGCUGCUGCUUCUGCGUCAAAUUCCUUGAUCCUCAAGCAUGGAAUCUCCCUGCGAUCUCCUCAAUCCGGUUCAUUGAAUCGAACCCACCAUCAUUCUACUUUAAUAAGCUUCCGUAGAAGCUAUGUAGCCGCCUCGUCUUCUUUCGCCAAUGAGAACAGAGAGUUUGUGAUCGUGGGUGGUGGAAAUGCUGCAGGAUAUGCUGCUCGGACAUUUGUUGAACAUGAUAUGGCUGAUGGGAAGCUUUGUAUUGUGACUAAGGAGCCACAUGCACCUUAUGAGCGGCCAGCAUUGACUAAAGCUUAUUUGUUUCCUCCUGAAAAGAAGCCAGCAAGAUUACCAGGUUUCCAUACCUGUGUUGGAUCUGGUGGGGAGAGACAGACUCCUGAAUGGUACAAGGAGAAAGGAAUUGAGAUGUUGUAUGAGGAUCCAGUGACUGACAUUGAUAUCGCGAAACAAACACUGACUACAAACACGGGUAAAUUGCUUAAGUAUGGAUCACUUAUUAUUGCUACUGGAUGCACAUCUUCAAGAUUUCCUGAGAAAAUUGGCGGAAAUUUACCUGGGGUACAUUACAUUAGGGAUGUUGGAGAUGCUGAUUCACUAAUAUCAUCUCUGGGGAAGGCAAGAAAGGUGGUGAUCGUUGGUGGCGGUUACAUUGGCAUGGAGGUUGCUGCUGCAGCCGUCGCCUGGAAGCUUGAUACCACUAUUAUAUUCCCAGAAGAAUACCUCUUGCAAAGACUUUUUACCCCCUCACUUGCUCAGAAGUAUGAAGAGCUCUACAAGGCUAAUGGAGUCAAAUUCUCAAAGGGUGCGUCUAUUAAAAACCUGGAAUCUGGUCCUGAUGGACAUGUAACCGCAGUAAAACUGGCAGAUGGAUCUACGGUUGAAGCAGACACAGUUAUUAUUGGUAUUGGAGCAAAACCUGCCAUUGGUCCUUUUGAAGGGGUAGGCUUAAAUACAACUAUUGGAGGCAUCCAGGUUGAUAAUCUGUUUAGAACAAGAGUGCCUGGAAUCUUUGCUGUGGGAGAUGUUGCAGCAUUUCCACUGAAGAUAUAUGACCGGAUGGCUAGGUUUGAACAUGUUGAUCAUGCCCGUAAAUCUGCUCAGCAUUGUGUUAAAGCUUUAUUGAGUGCUCAAACUCAAGCUUAUGAUUAUCUCCCAUACUUCUACUCACGAGUCUUUGAAUACGAAGGGAGUGCAAGAAAAGUAUGGUGGCAAUUUUAUGGAGACAAUGUUGGAGAGGCCAUUGAGAUAGGAAAUUUUGAUCCCAAGAUUGCUACUUUCUGGGUAGAUUCUGGUAAACUUAAGGGAGUUCUACUUGAAAGUGGUAGUCCUGAGGAAUUCCAACUUCUUCCAAAACUAGCAAGAGAACAGCCAGUUGUGGAUAAAGAAAAGCUUCAAAAUGCUUCAUCAGUUGAGGAAGCUCUAAAGAUUGCUCAAGCUUCUCUCUUAUCCCAAGUUUGAGUUUAAUUUGGAUUAUGUACAUCUUCAAAAUAAUAAUACUAAUGGUUUUGUUUUAAAGAUGGUUUUCUUUUCAAUCCCAUGUUACAUAGGAUGUAUUUGGAAACACUGAGAUGUAAUUUCUGGAUAUGAAUCUGAAUAAGUUUUGUAUGAAAAGAUGCAUAAAUCUUUAUUGGCCA